UGAUCAGCAUCGUGUUUGAUCUAUUCUCUGUUUACGAAUUCGCAAGAAGAAUUCGUAAAAGUUUUUAAGAGUAUCCGUACGAAUUCGAUAAAGUUCGCCUCAAUUCGGUACGAAUUCGCAAAAUAAGUGUAAAACGCGAAUUGUUGUACGCGAAUCAUUUUUACGCUUAAAAGCUGCGAUUCGUCAAUUCGUCUUUAGACACUUUGUCCACACAUCUCUGUUCAGAUGCAAUUCUUUACUGUUCCUUUCAGACAACAGAAUCAUCCUCAUCGCCGGACAGUGAUCAGUUAGAAAAAGGAAAACAGCAACGUGUUUCGGUUAAUGUAUUAGAUAUAAUGGAUGUUAAAGAUUACGAUACACUUGAUCCAUUAGCACUUCCUUCAACAAUUUCAACAGCCUUAACAAAUCUACGAUAUCUGACACUCUCUGAUUUAUUCUUCGAUGAUUUCUUAUGUCUAUUUCCAAUAUUACAACAUGUUAUCACAAUAAAAAUUGUAGGAUUGUAUUGUAACAAUACUGAUUUAGAACAACUGCCCGAGAAACUAUCAAAAUGUACUAAUCUCUAUAUCUAUAUGGGUGCAUCCGAUGACGGAGCAACAUUUGAACAUGUCCACCAUAUACUGUCGUGUAUACCACAGUUGAAAAAGUUUAAAUAUGAAUGUUGGAGUAGUAAUGAAUAUUUUGUAAAUGGCAAAAGAUGGCAACAAAUAUUAAUUCCAUUGCAGAAUUUAUUACAUUUUGAAUUAGACGUUCAUUUUGCUCCGUAUAUCAAUUUUUUUACUCAACAAAUAUCGAAUGUUGCACAUCAAUUUAAAACAUUAUUUUGGAUGGAACGACAAACGAAAUUGAGAACAGAAACAAAUGAUGAAGGUUUUAAUUUAAAUGUUAAAUUUUGA